AAUAUGUUUUAUGGUAUAUAAUUAUCUGCAGGGGAAUCAUAAACUAUUCAGAAGGUAGAUGAUCACAAUUAAUUUGUAUUAUCAUAAGCAGUUUUGGUUAAAGGAACCAACCUUAAUGUAUUAAUGAAUGGAAUAGUCAUAGCCUCAUUGAAUUAAGUAUGAUUAUAUAGAUCCUUAGAAAAUCUCCUAAAUGCCUCUUAGAAUUAAGAUUACACCUGAAUCAUAAAUAACAAAGCUUGAAGUAAAAGGAAAUGGAACUGUUCAUUUAUGUGGAUAUUAUAUUCAAUUUGAUUUAUAAAAUGAAGAUGCUGAUUUACAAUCAGUUGCCCAAUUAUUAAAAUAAAGUAAUCAGAUUACUAAACCUCCAGUGUAAAAAGCACCUGUUGUCCCCAUUAAAAAAAUUGAUACCUAACCAAAAUGGGAUGAAAUGGAUUGGGAAGAUGAAUAGUUCUAAAAGAGAAUUAAAUGAUAUAUAUUAAGAAUGUGUAAUAUUAAUAUGUGAC